AUGGCUCUCGUUUCGAUCAACGCCCCAGGCCUUAGCAGUGGCCUCCUUUAUAAUAAUGGCGACAACAAUGCGCGGGUCUGCAUUACCUCGGAGACGGACGAAUUCGACAUGGAAACGAUCAAAGAUUGGCAGGAUGAAGGCUUCGACGUGGUGUACCUUCCAUUCAACGGCGGUGGAAAGGACUAUGCGAAUCGGCUGAUGGGCGUCAAAGAGGGAUGUGGAGUCGGAGAAAACUACGCGGUAAUUGCAUACGGCGAGGCCGCAAAUUUCUGCUUGGACUUCUACAUGAACCCUAUGAAAUCGAGUCGCCUUUGCGCCCUUAUCGCAUACUAUCCGAGCGUUAUCCCCGAUACUCGACAGCGUUUCCCCCAUUCCCUGAAAGUGUUGGUACAUCUGGCUGGCACGUCCGUGGAUGUCACCACUCGGCCCCAGGUCGCUGGGCUGCAGGGAAAGAAACGUCGCAAUACCAAGCCCAUCAACCCUGGUAUUGGGACCGGCGAGCGCAUGGACUGGGCAUAUUCGACGUUUACGUACGAGUAUGCGCAACCUGGGUUCGCAGAGCACGACAUGGAAGAGUACGAUCACCUUGCAGCAGAUAUCGCUUGGACUCGGACUGUUCAAACUUUGCGCAAGGGAUUCUGUCGGGAGGUUGACUUGGAGCGUCGCUGGGAGGAUCACCAAGAAGGCAAAUAUUUCGGUACGAACCUCUCCAAAACCAUGGAAGGAUAUACCAAGGAGAGGACACCAAGCGUCACAUACGGCCCGACACUUAGCGGAGCCAUCGGUGCGCCAGCCCUUCGCCGCUUCUACGAGCACUACUUCUUAGGCCGCCUGCCACCCUCGAUGCGCAUCCGUCUCCUUUCACGAACAGCCGGACCGGAUCGUGUUGUCGACGAAUUGUAUAUUUCAUUCGAACACAGCCAGGAAAUCCCAUGGAUGCUCCCCGGCAUCCCACCAACGAACAAACGCGUCGAGAUCAUACUAGUCAGUAUCGUGAGCAUGCGCGGUGGCCGCCUCUACUCCGAGCACACAUACUGGGACCAAGCGAGUGUUCUCGUCCAAAUUGGUCUUCUCGAUCCAAAGCUCAUCCCUGGCUCAGUCCAGGGCGUCGACAAGCUCCCCGUGGUCGGCCGCGAAGCUGCACGACGAAUCCUGCAUGAAGACCCCGAGGUCGAGCAGGAAGACUAUCACAAUCGACUUAUUCGCCGUGCGAAUGCUCGGGCGCGUAAGAGCAAGAGCUCGGCUGUUUCCCAGGCGGAUGAGUCUGCGGCUGAGAACACUUUACCUGGGAACAAGGAUACAAAUGGGAAAACUGUUUUGGAAAAUCGCCCGGCGCCGAAUCAGACUGCGACGGAGAAGUCAGAGGCAAAUGCCGAGGACGAAGCUAAGACUGAAUCGACCAAGCCGAAGGCGGAGAAUGGGGUUCGAGCCGCGACUGUCGAGGAUGGGGACGAGGAAAAUGAGUAG